CCCCCAAACUAAACCCCGUCACGGCACGGAGCGGCAGCGCCACGCGUCCCUCCCCUUCUCCACCCACCCCACGUGUGCGUCGAGGUGGCGCUCGCCUCCCCGUUCUGCUCCGCUUAUAUCCCAGCCUCAGUCGACCAAGGCUUUCACCAUCCCACACACAGCAUUUCCAUUUAGCGAUCGAGCAACAAGCCAAUUCGUCACAGUGAUCAAGGAGUCUGAGAUUGCCUAGCAGCUGCACCGACGUUCGUGCGACGAUGGACGCGCCGGCCAUGCUCACGCGCAAGCACGUCCCCGAGAACAUCGCCGCUGAGGGGGAGGGCGGGCAGCAACAGAUGCACCGGGACGAGAAGCAGCACAAGCCGGUGCUCAAGAAGGUCAAGGACAAGGUGAAGAAGAUCAAGAACACCAUCGCCGGCCACGGCCACGGCAACGGCAACGGCCACGAUCACGAUCACGACCAGGACACCGGUGGCAGCAACAGCACCGACGAGGACGAGGAGGAUGCGGCCAUGAGGGAAGCCAAAGUGGAGAAGGGCGGGUACCAGCAAGACGUCGAGGACAAGCCCAUCUUCGCAGACUCCAGCCCCGAGCUGCACGGCGCACCCAUGUACGACUCGGAGAGGAUCCCGGCGGCGGCGAAGGAGGUGAAGCACAACGACGCUCCGGGGGUGCGGUUCGGUGACAUUGGCGGCCCGGCAGCGGCGCAUGAGGUGAACCGCGAGGACGCCGCGGGGGUGCGGGUCGGCGACUUCGGCGGCCCGGCAGCGGCGCAUGAGGUGAAGCGCGACGACGCCGCGGGGGAGCGGCUCGGCGACUUCGGCGGCCGGGCGUCGGCGAAGGAGGUGCAGCGCGACGACACCCAGGGGGUGCGGCUCGGCGAUCUCGGCGGCCCAGUCGUCGAGGACCCGGCCGCGCCGAACUCGAGGACGCCCAUGCCGCGAGGUGGCGAGGACAUCGGCACCACGGACGUCGUCCGUGACUUCGAGGCGAUGACUGUGUCAGACGACCCCAAGCAAGUCCACGUGAGCAAAGAGUAUGAGGCAAUGCCGGUGUCGGACGGCAACGGGGAGGAAUGGAACGAUGCACCCACUGACGCCGACUACACCGGGAGCUACACGGACAGGCUCAAGAACACGGCAGCUGGCACCACCGAGUAUGGCAAGAAGCUGGCGAGCACGGUGUAUGAGAAGGUCGCCGGCGUCGGCACGGUCGUGGCGAGCAAGGCGCAGCAGGUCACCCCCGGCUUCGGUGCUGGCGGGGACGCGCAGGACGACUCCAGCGCUACUGCCGCCCCUGACUCAGUGACCGCAGGUGCCGGGAAGAGGGACCUCGACUUGCCGAAAGAGGGAACGACGGCGUCCUACACCGGCACCGAGGAGCUGAAGAACGCGGCCACGGACGCGGCGGGCGCGGAGGGGCUGAAGAACGCGGCCACAGACGCGGCGGGCGCGGAGGGCGCGCCUGGCACGACGUACACCGACAAGAUCAAGUCCGCUGCGGCGGGCACCACGGAGUACGGCAAGAAGCUGGCGAGCACGGUGUACGAGAAGGUCGCCGGCGUGGGCACGGCCGUGGCGAGCAAGGCGCAGCAGGUGACACAAUCGGCCGGCACCGCCACUCCUGUAGUCGGCGCGCAGGACGGCGCCACCACCACUGCGACGGCCACCCCAGGCGUCGGUGCGCAGGACGGCGCCACCACCAGGGCGACGGUCACCCCUGGCGCGGGUGGGCCGGGGAACGGGCAGGACAAGGGGGUGACCGGCGUGACAGCCUACAUCGCCGAGAAGCUGCGCCCGGGCGACGAGGAGCGCUCGCUGAGCGAGGCCAUCACCGGCGCCGUGCAGCAGCGCAAGGAGGGGGUCGGGAGCACGGUGGCCAAGGCGCGCGAGGUGCCGGCACAGGCGGUGACCAGGGCGCGCGGCGCCGUCACGUCGCUCACCGGCGGGAACCGCGUCUCGGAGACCAUGCAGCCCACCACAGAGGGGAACAUCGGGGAGGGCGUCGCGGCGGAGGGGCCAGUGCUCCACGGCGAGGCACCGAGGACCAACACGAAUGUGAUGUGAAGUACAGCAGCGUGUGAUCAGUUCGUGGGAUCGCUGGAAUAAGUCGCCUGGCUGGUUCAGGUGUACACUGACUGGUGUUUGGGUUCAUCUGGGGCUUAGCUGCUUUAUCGUUCGUGUGUUUGGGGCUUGUGUUCCAGCAGUGUUCGUGUGAGUUCACACGUUUUGUGUGUUCUGUAAAUCAUGUACGAUACGCGUGUGUAUGUACAUGUUUCUGUCUUUGUCUUUUAAGUUCUUCUAAAUUUCGUUUGUAAUCUGUGUGUUCAAAGUUGAAACACUCGAUGUUUCUUCGUAUGUUUUGUUGUGCUUGUUGUUUCCAAAUGAUGUGUGCUCA